AUGAGAAUCCCAGUAAGCUUAUUUAAUAACUGGGACCUAAUCACCACACGUAGCCUGCCCAAACCUGCAACCGCACUGUACGGACACGACUAUUCUGACUCUGCCUUGAGCAAGAACCGCGUUACUUAUUCGACGAAAUGCCCCAAUGAAACGAUUCACCGCAGAAACGCUUAA